AUGCUGUUGUCCUUAAACGACCAACGUCAGCCCUCCCAAGAACCAGCUACCGAAUCUGAUAAUUCAGUCGCAAUUGUUGCUAAUUCUGCCUCUGAACCAGGAAAUUUUAGUUAUGCAAAAGAGAACCAGGAAAGUUAUAAGCUAAAAGAUUCGAAGGCUUACGUCUUUGAGAAAAAGUUGUUUACUCGAACAUUGCUACCCAUUGAUUGCAAAAAGGAAAGGCAAGUUCUACUAAGUUGCAACAAUUGCCCCUAUACUAUUACGGUAGACGUAAGGAAAAUUAGCACAAAGAAUUUGCAGCUGCACUACAGGGCAAAACACCGAAAGAUAGCUUCUUGCGACACUACUGCAAAGUUUUUACCAGGCACUAGCAGAGAAACUCCGCCAUCACCUUCAAAGCGUCCUAUUGCAGAGUUUUUCGAAAGAAAUCAAAAACGAGCAAGAAUUAACUUCAAUGAGAAUUUGUAUAAUGAAAAAAUGAUCAGGAUGCUAGUUAAAAAAAAUUUACCGUUCGAUUUUUUUGAAACACCGGAAGUCAAAGAUGCUUUAGGGUAUAUACUGAUGUGUGAACCUACAACGUUACCAUCCUUGCACCAUUCGAAGAUUGAGAAAAUUUUGAGGGAAAAGUUUAAUGAACAAUUUCCAAAAAUGAACUUUGAAUUAGAGCAGAAUGUGAAAUCUCAUGGUUGUUUCUCAUUGUCCUUGGAUAUCUGGACUUCGGGCGUCUCAAGAACGGACUAUUUAGGAGUGAUUCUUUCUUAUAUUGACCAAAAUUUCCAAUUGAAUUACAGACUUAUUGGUUUGGAAGUUUUGCAGGAUCCUCAUACCGGAGCAUAUAUUUGUGACCAGCUUAUGUUGGUACUAGAGCAGUUUCUGUCUUUAAAGAUUGGGAGCAUCUUUAGCAUAACUAGAGAUAAUGCAAGUAACAAUGACAAAUGUUUGCUGUGCUUUAGCCAUAGGUACUUUAACUCAGCUAUGCUGGAUUUUCAGAAUGAUAUUAGAUGCAAUGCUAAUAUUUUAAACCUCGUCGCUAAGGCUAUUCUUGACAAAUUGGGUGUGCCUGCGCGCGAUAUUCUUAAGCGAGUUAAGAAUAUUGUUAUUGCUGUGCGCGGAAAGAAGGAGAUCAAACAGCUAUUUGAGAGGUCUGUUCGAAGUCAAGGUUCAGGUAAUGCCGUAACAAUUCCGUUAGAUUCCGUAACAAGAUGGAAUUCGACGUUGUAUAUGGUUCGUGGGACAUUACGGGCCAGAGAACAUUUAGAAUUCGUCAAAAGAUCGACCAAAGAUGCAUCUUUUCAAGACGAUAUGCUAAGUGCUACUGAAUGGGAAGUGUUAGUUGGUAUCAAAGAUAUCCUCGAGAUUUUUGAAAUUCCUUCUACCAACUUGCAAGGCCAAAAGUAUACAACAAUUAACGAGGCCUUGUUAUACAUGACUCAUGUGUACCAAUCCCUUCAAUUACAGAUUCACAAAUGUCGAACAAACGAGGAAUCUCUUUCCGAUUCGCUCAUCCCCUCCAUUGAAAAUGGUAUCAAUAAGUUAUGCAAGUAUUUCCCUCCAGUAACGAAUUUCGAAGAUUUAACCAAAUUCAAAGCUUACCACUUAAGCAUUGUGUUGGACCCAAGGGCAAAACUAAAUCAUUACUUAAAUGGUGAGCUAUUAUGUUUUUACCCAGGAAUAGAAGUUGAUAUUAAGUAUUUACUUGAACGAGAAUACAAGUCUCUUGAGAAUGAAUUGAAAGAAGUGUCGUCUGACAUUUCAGAAGGUGAGAUUGAGCCUGAACCAAAAGUGAAUGACCUUAACCUCUACAAUUUCAAGAGAAAGAAAUACAGUGAGGUAGCCUCAUAUAUAAUCGAUCCGGCUAUAGAUAGGUUUGCAAGUGCGCUUGAUUAUUGGAAGGUGAAACAGGAUGUGUACCCUAUUCUUAGUAUUUUGGCAAGACGAUAUUUAGCCAUACCUGCUACGUCAGCUUCUGUUGAAAGCACAUUUUCGAUUGCUAGGAAUAUCAUCUCCUACCAACGAAACCGUCUUCUGCCAACCAAUUCAAAGCAUCUUAUGCUUUUAAAGAGUUGGGGGGUAAAAGGAGUGGAAGAGUUAGAAGAUUCUUACUUCAGAGAAAGUGAAGAUUGA